AGCAGCUUGCAGCCCAGCGCGCCCGGCGGCGCCCCCGCGGCGGCCGCGGCCCGGCGCGCAGCCAGCAUGACUGCCGGGAGGCAGGCGAGCGCGCGCAGCCCGUCGGCCAGGCACAGGUCGAGCAGCAGGGGCCUUGGGGUCACCUCCUCCUCGGGCCAGCCACCUCAAGCCGUCUGUGUUGCGUGUCAUGCAGUGGGACAGCGCCUUGGCCUGGACCCCCACAUCACCCACGCCCUAGUUCUGCCUCUCACUGCCUAGAGCUGUGGCCUCGGUCCCUCCCUGGUGCCACGGCUGCCGAGUGCGCUUCGAACCUGAAGAAAAUCUACACGGUGGAGACAGUACAGAUAUUCUGGAGCGUGUACAAUAAUAUCCCUCCUGUGACCAACCUACCCUUGCGAUGUAGUUACCACUUAAUGAGAGAAGAGAGGCGGCCGCUCUGGGAAGAGGAGAGUAAUGCGCAGGGCGGCGUGUGGAAGAUGAAAGUCCCCAAGGACAGCACGUCCACAGUUUGGAAAGAGCUGUUGUUAGCAACUAUUGGGGAGCAGUUCACGGACUGUGUGGCAGCAGAUGACGAGGUCAUAGGAGUGAGUGUCAGUGUCCGGGACCGAGAGGAUGUGGUCCAAGUGUGGAACGCCAACGCCUCGUUAGCAGGCCAAGCCACAGUUCUAGAAAAGAUCCAUGAACUUCUGCCCCACAUAUCUUUUAAAGCAGUAUUUUAUAAACCCCAUGAAGAGCAUCAUGCUUUUGAAGGUGGACGUGGAAAACACUAAUUGCACUCUGUAAAGAAUUCUUUGUCCUUUGCUGAUUGGUUUUGGAAACGGUCUUAACAGGAGGGAGAGUGAAGAGAAGACCUGCCGCAGCCCGGAGCUGGUCCAUUUAGAGUGGGUUUCUGUCCUUGCAGACUGGGCAAAAUAGGCUUCGGAGUGGCAGGUGGGGGGAGGGGAGGGGAGGGCGAGGAUGUGGGUUUCUAUCGUCAUGUUACUUGCUGUCUUGGAAAAACAGGAUUUUUUUUUUUCUUUUUAAAUUCUGUUUUCAUCCUGGUUUUUUUUUUCCUUUAAAUUCUUUAUCCCAUCUAAUUAUUGUUUUCUACACUCCCCUUUCAAGGAGGUACACAAAAUGAGUUUCCCUCUAAGUAGCUCUGCUGUACCUAGUUACUGAGAAUGUGCGUAGUCAUGACAAUGCUGCCUUUGCAAACCGCACUGGACAAGGGGGAGUCAGAGCCUGGCGAGGCCUGUCUCCUGACUGUCUGUCGGGACUCAGGCCUGCUCCCCUGCAGCCUGGUUCCAGUCUCUGCUCUGCCAGGCAAAAGGAAAACUGGGCUUAAUCUGAUUUUGUCCUCAGAGCACCCACUGCUUUUAUUUUUCAUUUUUAAAACAUCUUCUUGUUUUUGUAGCUAGUGAGAAGAAGAAAAUAAUAGUUGGGUUUAUCUAACAUGGAAACUGUCAUCACAGUUCAGAUCAACCUAUAAAUACCAGACCCCAAGUCUUUGGCCCCUCUAAGCAGAAUUUCAGUUCACCCCUUGGCUGUUCAAUGAGAGGCUUAGAGUGGGAGCGAGAGACUGCUCCCAGGAAGAGGCCUGGUAUUUCUGAUUUCAAGAGAAAGUGAUAUUUUAAUUGCUUCAACUAAGAUUCUGCCAAAGGGUGGGGUAUGUCUGCCCACUGAGGGCUUGCCAUGUCCAUCCUAGCCCUGUUUUUGUGCCUUUUUUUUCCUGCUCACCUGCAGGGGUCCCUUCUGGUCCUCCUCGGUAGUCUUCCAGUUUGGGCCAUACCCUCUUCCCUUUCUGAGUCAAGUCUCAGAGACUAGGUGGAGAUGAACACUCACUAAGGUGAACGUGGAGUGUAUUGCCUGCAUAAGAACUAUUGGAAUAGUCGCUGUUGAGUAUACUGUCCCUCCAAUGAAACACUGGUUUUCAUGGAAGGAGCCGGUCACCCUGUGCAGUGCUGAGACUGACCGGGAAUACACUGUUUCCCUGUCUUAACUUGGCCCGGCA